AUGCAGAUUGGCGAAUAUGCCAUUCCGGGGUUUAACGUACAACUGAUCGAAAACUUGAGAUUGCUUCCAAAUUUUCUCCGUUAUUUUUCUGGAAAACUGGGACUCGCACCUACCUCUGACCUCCUUGCAGAAAACUUUGUUCAGGCUCUUCAAAGACUACUUCCAAAUGAACCUGUAUUCACAUUUUGGUUUCGCCCGGACGAAGAUGGAGUGUUCAGGAGCGGGAUUUUCUCGUUCGGCGGGAUUCAUGAUUACCGCAGUGAGGGGCAAGUGAUAUACCAUCCCUUGGUGUCAGUCGAUUCAUGGAUAAUUCAAGCUACCAAAAUUUUACUGGGACAAGUUGUACUAUGUGAGCAACAUUGCAACAUUCAAUUCAACACCGCACUUCCUUAUUUAUAUGGGCCCCAAGAGAAAAUCGAAGAAGCUCAACGUUUGCUAGAUGUAGAAACUAACCGAAUGCACUUGGGAGCACAUGUCAUGGAUUGCAACGAAAACUACCCGUUACUUAUUGUUCAUUUUGGCGGGCAGCAAUUGCAAUGGAGAAUGAAUGAUUUCUGGGAAAAGAGAAUGGAUAGAAGGAAAGUCACCUGCAUAUUGGGGAUGCGCGCCUCAUCGUCCGGGCCCGGAUGGAUAUUUGGUCACAGAGUGAUGUUCCGAUUGUUUACAGUUUUUGAUCGCAUUGGUUCACGGAUAGGAAUCGCCAAAGCAAACCGUCCAUAAGACACUUCCGUUUAGCGCAGAACGCAGUCCAGUGAUGGAUGUUCUGUGCAUUGUUUAAUCAUGAUGCUUUUACAUUCCAG